GAAUCCGGUGAGGAAAACCUGUUUUCCUUGCUCGAAAUCGGAAACUGUCUUUAAAGCUCACACUUUUCACACCUCAGUCCCCAUUCCAUCUUCAAUCUUUCCGUCUUUCCGUCUAUUUUUUUCUUCCACCCAAUUAGCAUAACGAUUACCCUUUAAAUCAACUCUAAAAAUCCCAGUAUUCUGAUUUCCAACUGCUUCAGAAGGUGGCCAUGGCCAUUGCAGCGGCAGCUGUUAUCGUGCCGUUAGGCAUUCUCUUUUUCAUCUCCGGCCUCGUCGUCAAUCUCAUUCAGGCAGUUUGUUUCAUCCUCAUUCGUCCAGUUUCGAAGAACACCUACAGAAGGAUCAAUAGAAUGGUCGUAGAGUUGUUGUGGCUGGAACUCAUAUGGCUCUUUGAUUGGUGGGCGGGAGUUAAGAUUCAAUUAUUUACUGAUCGUGAGACCUUAAAGUUAAUGGGCAAGGAGCAUGCGCUUGUCGUAUCUAAUCACAGAAGUGACAUUGAUUGGCUUGUUGGAUGGGUUCUGGCACAGCGGUCAGGUUGCCUAGGCAGUACAUUAGCUGUAAUGAAAAAAUCAUCAAAAUUACUUCCUGUAAUAGGUUGGUCAAUGUGGUUUUCUGAAUAUCUCUUUUUGGAAAGGAGCUGGGCCAAGGAUGAAAGCACAUUAAAGUCAGGUCUUCAGCGUUUGAAGGACUUCCCGCUGCCCUUUUGGGUGGCACUUUUUGUAGAAGGAACUCGAUUCACACAGGCAAAGCUUCUAGCAGCUCAAGAAUAUGCAGCCUCAACUGGAUUGCCUGUACCUAGAAAUGUUCUAAUUCCUCGUACUAAGGGCUUUGUCUCAGCAGUUAGUCAUAUGCGCUCCUUUGUCCCAGCCAUUUAUGAUGUGACAGUGGCUAUACCAAAAACCUCACCUCAACCUACAAUGAUCCGACUCUUCAAAGGGCAACCUUCUGUGGUGCAUAUCCACCUGAAGCGGCAUUCAAUGAAUGAAUUGCCUGAAACAGAUGAUGCUGUUGCACAGUGGUGUAGGGAUGUAUUUGUUGCUAAGGAUGCACUGUUGGAUAAACAUGUAGCUGAGGACACUUUCAGUGGCCAAGAAUUACAGCACAUUGGUCGGCCAUUGAAGCCUCUCUUGGUUGUUACCUCUUGGGCAUGUAUGUUGGUUUUUGGUGCUCUAAAAUUUCUCCAGUGGUCUUCACUAUUAUCAUCAUGGAAGGGCAUUGCAGCGUCAGCGUUUUGUUUGGCACUUAUAACAGUUCUCAUGCAGAUCCUGAUUCAAUUCUCUCAGUCAGAGCGGUCAACCACUGCCAGGGUUGCGCCCAAAAAGAGCAGUAGAUCUUGUUAGCUUGAUCCCGAGACAAUAGUACCAUUGGAACCUCCCCUACACUUGUUUUUCAACCUAAAAGACAUGCUGUUGUCUAUCAAUGCCUAUAAACCUUAAUCGUUUUGUUCAUUUUUUUUUUUUAAACUCUUAUAGAAUUAUGUCUUUGAUUUUGAUGUCAAAAUCAUUGUUUGCUGGUUGAGUAGAGUAGGAUACAUUUGUAUAAACCAUGUAUGACCAUCCAGCACAUGCUUUUGUUUUUUGAUAUUUCGAAAGAUUAACUAUUUGAUAACAUAGAGAUUUGAACUUUUUAUCUUAACUUCAAAUUAAGAUUUUUAAGUUAA